AUGACUUCAGUCUUACAGGAUGAAGUCGCUCAGUACACACGUCAAGUGUCCAGUGGGCCUCUUCUGCAGCCGUGCGACCAGCAGGUGUCCUGGUUGAGGCGUCUCGAGGAGAAGCUACGCGGGAUCUACUCGGCUAUCACGUGCAGCCGUAGUUCUGACGUCGUUCAGCGCCACCUCCUUCCACCGCGGCCCUCCACACGACACGAUCCACGGCCUCGUGUCACGCCGACGGCGACACCCAGACCACCACCUCCUGACCGGGUAGGAGGUUCGUCGUGGCAACAGCAGCACACUCCUUCGUUCGACGACUUUCACGGCCAGCAUCAUGGAUCACGGCCUCGCCUCACGUCGACGGCGACACCCAGACCACCACCUCCUGACCAGGCAGGAGGUUCGUCGUGGAAGCAGCAGCAGCACACUCCUUCCUUCGACGACUUUCACUACUAUCAGCAGCAAGCUGCUUUCGACGAGUGGCAGCAGAAGCAGGCUCCUUUCAUGGGAGGAGCAGGAUACUCGCAGGGGUACACACAGCACACUGCAUCUAAUCCUUCAUGGGGAGCUAGUGAUCAGGACGCUGAGCACAUGGAGUAUUACAGCACGCAGCAGAACUAUGUCGGUAUGCAGACUCCUCCACCAGAGCCCACACAGGAGACGCAGUACGACCCCGAGUCCGGGUCCUGGAUCCCUGCUCGCAACGUCAGGGCCCCGGACAGGUUCGGUUGGACACCCCGUGUUAUGCCACCCCCACGACAGCCCAGACUACGCCGUCCCCCUGGCUGAUGUAUCGCCUAUGUAUGAGACAUUUAUGUAUGCAUUACUCCUGUAUGAGACAUUUAUGUAUGCAUGACUUACG